CGGUGUUACCUUCCGACAAUUCCGGCUCGGGCUGUGGGGUGUGGAGUUCCGUUGCUCCCCAGAGGCGGUGCGGGCCGGGGAAUUGGGAGAGGCGGGGUCGGCCCGUGGGCGGCUGCGGCCCCUCGGCGGCUGCGGCCCCUCGGCGGCGGCUGCCUUUCGGGGGCUGUGCGAGCGGGCGCCACCGAAUCCCCUGCUGCGCGGUUGGUUCUCAGUCUUUGUUUUCAGGAAUCGGCGCUUCUCAGUCUUUGUUUUCAGGAAUCGGCGCGUUCAGAUAAUAUUUGAUGAUGAAUGAUCCAUGUCUUCAAGAAUGCAAGUAAAACUAUAGAGCGAGGAAAGAUCACCAGGAGCCACUAAUGUGUAUAAACUGCCCAGAUGUGUCCUUCAAAUUCCGGAAGGGAGUGAUCCAGUGUAUUUCAUCAUCAUCUUUACAGGAUGGAAGCCAUCAGUUUGUCCUAUGGUUUAUUUUCUAGGAACCCAAGCUACUUUCAUAAUGAAAAGACAGAGAUGGAAAAGAGGGUGUCUGACUGCUGGACAAGUAGUUACCAGGAGUCAGUGACCUUUGAGGAUGUGGCUGUAGACUUCACCCAGGAGGAAUGGAUUUUAUUGGACACAAAACAAAGGAACCUUUACAGAGAGGUGAUGCUGGAGAACUACCAGAACCUGGCCACAUUAGGAUGUCAGCUCAUCAAAUCUAGAUCCAGCUGUUGUUUGGAGGCUGAAGAGUUGAGAGUAGUCAAGAGAAGAGUUCACCAAGAAUGGGCUAUGCAGCUUAACAACAGAGGGACAAUGUUUCAGCAGGAUAUUUUUCAGUUAAAAAUGACAAAUGAGAUACAACUGCCAAAUAGCCACAAUGGAAAGGAGCUCUGUGACUUGAAGCCACCUGGAGAAAUUGUCAAAAAACCUUCAUGUAGUUUGACAUACAUAGGUAUUGAAAACACAGGGAACAUUUAUGAUUGUGUUCAGUAUGGACAACUCUUUCCUGUUCAGCCUAAGGAGACCUCCUCUGCCGACAACGGUCCUCAAUUAUGCCAAUAUGGAAAAGACUUCAGUAUGAUUGCAAGUACAGCUUACCAGACAACAUGUGCACAAAACAAAUUCAUUGAAUCCAGUGAAUUUCAGCAAGUCUUUGAUAGUCAGUCAUCCCUUCAGAGGCCUGGGAGAAGUCACAGUGAAGACAAACUCUUUGAAUGGGUACAGUGUGGUGAUACUUGUAGCCCAGCCAUGAGUCAUGCUGAGAGUACUCAUACAUACACUGGGAAAAAAUCCUAUGAGUGUAAGGAAUGUGGGAAAAGUUUUAAAUAUUCUGCCAACCUUAAUAUUCAUAUGCGUACUCACACUGGGGAGAAACCUUAUCAAUGUAAGGAAUGUGGGAAAGCCUUUUCUAGGUGUUAUCCACUAACUCAGCACUUAAAAACUCACACUGAAGAGAAGCCCUUUGAAUGCAAGGUUUGUGGAAAAUGCUUCAGAAAUUCCUCAUGUCUUAAUGAUCACUUUCGGGUUCACACUGGAAUAAAACCCUAUAAAUGUAAGGACUGUGGCAAAGCCUUCACAGGGCGUUCUGGCCUUAGUAAACAUUUACCAACACAUACUGGAGAGAAGCCUUAUGAAUGUAAGGAGUGUGGGAAAGCCUUCACUUCAACCUCAGGCCUUAUUAAACAUAUGAAAAGUCACAUGGGAGAGAGACCCUUUGAAUGUGAUCACUGUGGGAAAGCUUUUGCUUCUUCCUCAACCCUUAUUACACAUUUGAGAACACAUACUGGAGAGAAGCCCUUCGAGUGUAAAGUAUGUGGGAAGGCAUUCACAUGUUCUUCUUAUCUUCGCAUUCACAUGCGAACUCACACUGGAGAGAAGCCCUAUGUAUGUAAGGAGUGUGGCAGAGCCUUCACUGAGCGCACAAGCCUUACUAAACAUUUACGAACACACACUGGAGAAAAUCCCUUUGAGUGCAAUGUGUGUGGAAAAGCAUUUGCAUGUUCUUCCUACCUUCAUAAUCACAUACGAACCCACACUGGAGAGAAACCUUAUGUAUGUAAGGAAUGUGGAAAAGCCUUCACUGUUUCUUCACAUCUAAGUAAACAUGUAAGAAUUCACACAGGAGAGAAACCCCAUAAGUGUGAGGAGUGUGGGAAAGCAUUUACUGUGCGCUCUGGCCUUACAAAACAUAUACGAACUCACACUGGGGAGAAGCCCUACAAUUGUAAAGAAUGUGGGAAAGCGUUCACUACAUCCUCAGGUCUCCUUGAACACAUAAGAAGUCACACAGGAGAGAAGCCAUAUGAAUGUGACCAGUGUGGAAAGGCCUUUGCUUCUUCCUCCUAUCUUAUUGCACAUUUGAGAAUUCACACUGGAGAGAAGCCCUUUGAGUGUAACGAGUGUGGGAAAGCAUUUAUGUGUUCCUCCUACCUUCAUAUUCACAUGCGAACUCACACUGGAGAGAAGCCCUAUGACUGUAAGGAGUGUGGGAAAGCAUUUUCUGUUUACUCUCAUCUGAGUAAGCAUGUAAGAAUUCACAGUGGAGAGAGAGCCUACACUUGUAAAAGUGAUGGAACAGCCUUCCGUCGUCCUCAUCAUACAGAACACAUCAAAAAUCUUGAGAUAAAUUCUUUUGUUGGAGGGAAUGAAGAGACUGCUUUAGGAAGUUCUGUUGCUUUAGCAGUGCGUCCAAAUUUACAGUGGCAAGAAAGCUUAUCAGUGUAAGCCAUUUGUAAAGUGAUUAUUUAUUAUCCUAGUUGAGUUCAAAGACAUAAAAGAAAUCAUGUUGUGCCGGGCGGUGGUGGCGCAUGCCUUUAAUCCCAGCACUUGGGAGGCAGAGGCAGGUGGAUUUCUGAGUUCGAGGCCAGCCUGGUCUUACAGAGUGAGUUCCAGGACAGCCAGGGCUACACAGAAAAACCCUGUCUUGAAAAACAAAACAAAACAAAACAAAACAAAAAAAGAUCGUGUUGCAAAGAUGCCUCAUGAACUUAAAGAAUAGGGGAAGUGAUCAGAAUGCUCAAAACCCAGCUCACACAAACUCACUUUGAAGCUUCACAAAGUCAGAAACAUGGAAAGCCUUCACUGUUUCUAUGGCUUUUUAGAAGUAUGUGAUAGAAACUCUGUUGACAUACAAUGUGGAAAAUUGUAUUUCUGCUCAGUUCUUUGAUGAUUACCUACAGUACAACAGUGGAGGACUUUGUGAAAGUAAGAAAUGUUGGAAAAUAAUUAUUUACAUUAGUCAUCAACAUUCAAUAAAGUGAUUCACAUUUGGGAAACUUCGUGUAUAGAAUAUAGGGAUUGUUUGUAUGUCUUAAGAUUUUGUAUACUAGCAGAAACAGCUUUCUUGGUGGUUUUAUACGCUUAUUUUGGCCAUUUUUUGUAUUUUCAAUAUUCAAGAUAUUUUUAAUAUUUGUACAUAAUGAAGUUCCAGUUUUAAGAUGUACAAGCUUCUAUGGAAUAUACCAUGAAACAAUUAUUAGGCUAAUUAAAAUGUGAUACAGUAAUU